GUCCAAAAAGAGCGAGUUGGUAGUUCCGCAGUUCAAAACAGCUGUUGCAUUUUUGUUUACAAACUAUUCAAGCGGCAUUUUCUGCAUUUCACCAUAAAUUGCAGAAAUAAUACUCAGGCUUAGCCAUGGACGCCAAAAAAAUAUCAUUUGGCUUCAGCAAGGUGGCUAAGAAGCCAACCAUACUGCCCAGCAAACAGCCAAAGGAGGAGAAAACGGUGGAACUGAUAAAAUGCUUGGAGGGAAAGGAAAUCAAGCUUGUAAAAGAAAAGGCGGAGGCUGCACCGCUAGUCAUCGAAAUGGUGGGUAGCCAAAAAACAUCUUCGGCUCUGGCGAGUCUGAUGAAGAGACGCGCCGUUCUAUUGGGCGAAGAGGAGCCGGAACCAGAAGACGCCACACCAGCUGCCCAGUCCAUAGCCGAGGUCACUGCUGGAGCCGCCGGCGAGAAUCUGGAGCAACGUGCUGCUAGAGAAUUGCUUGCCGCUGCUCAAAGCAACCCUGGGGAACGCUUAGAUGGGCAGAAACUUGUACUACCAACUAUGACAGCAGACGAACUACCUCUGGAUGGCGCCAAAGAAGCCACGCUCGAUGACUAUGAUGCAGUGCCCAUCCAGCAUUUUGGUUUAGCCAUGUUGCGGGGAAUGGGAUGGGUGGAUCCCCCGCCAAAAAAGAAAGGUUUCGGGCCUGUGGAUGAUGCGCCAUUCUUGCGGCCCAAGGGCAUGGGGCUGGGUGCUGACAAGGCUUUGAAACCCAAGGCACUGUUGGUGCAGCCGGAGAAGAACGAGGUUCUGGAGAUCAAGAAGCAAGCAUAUGUGCGAAUCCUCGGCGGAAAACAGAAGGACCAGUAUGGCCAAAUCGAGGGCUUUGAUGACCAUGCCGGGAGAGUAAUUGUGAAAAUGGCUAUUGGGGGAGCCAAGGAAGCGUUCAAUGAGUUCCUAUGUCAGCCCGUUUCCCGCAAGGAAUAUACACAGUACGGCAAGUGCAUAAACACGGCCAAAUACGAAGAGUUUAAAAAGCAGGAGAAUGAGCAUGGGCAGAUAAUAAUUAAGGAUGAGAAAUCGUCGGAUAGAAGGGACAGGGAUCGCAAGGAGGAAAACAAAUCCCAUCGAGAUGACGAUAGAGAUCGAAAGAGUUAUAAGAAUGAGGAAUCUAGAUCCUAUAAGGAAGAGGACCGUCGGAGGUACAAGGAUGAAGAUCGAAAACAUUACAAGGACGAGGAUAGAAAAUCCAGCCGAGAAGAAGAUCGAAAACCAUAUAGAGAGAACGAUAGAAAGCCAUAUAGAGAAGAGGACCGAAAACUCUAUAAAUCAGAAAACCGUAGCGAAAGAACAUACAAAGAUGAGACUAAAACUUCAAGAGAAGAGCAACGAGACAAGCAGAAAUAUACUCAAGACUCCCGAGGCAGCAGCUCUUCCACGUCGAAGCGAGAAGACCGACGACGUUCGCCCAGCCCUAGAAGCAGUAGACGCCCAAAAAGCAGCUCAGACGAGGCGGAGGACACCGGCGAUUCCACUGAAAGUGACUCCGACUCUGCGUAUGAACGCCAAAAGCAUAAAAAGUCCUCAAGUAGAAAGUCAAGAAAACACUCAAAGAAGUCAAAGAGCAAAUCACGGCGGGCGGACAGAGAUUCCAGCUUAGAGAGCGAGGACAGCCGAGAUGACGACCAUCGUCGUCGCCAUUCCAGCAAGCACAAAAAGAAAACAAAGAAGAGCAAGCACGCCAGGUCACGAUCUCGGUCGCGAUCCCGGGGCAGGGGCAGAUAGUUAAUACUUGGAUAUUUUAUCUAUUCAGUUGAAAUCUUUUAUUUAAAUAUAGUCCAUUAAACGCUUAA